AUGUCGCUGUAUCACGAGACGGCCGAGAUCCUUUCGGCGAGCCCGGACCACGGCGGCAGCCUCAAGAGCCGCGUGUUUGGCAAAAAGGGCCUCAAGUCGCCGCCCGCCCAAGUCUACGCCCUCGCGCUCGAGACGUGCAAGUGGAGCGCCGUGUUGAAGGAGGUCGUCGAGGCGGCCGAGAUCCUACGCCACGAGCGCAAACUCACCCCCGUGCUGGCGCUGCUGUUGGUGCACGACUUCCUCCUGGCCAAGAAGGGCAUUGCGCUGCCGCAAUCCCAUGGCCUGAGGACAUCUAUCGAGCGGCACAAGGCCAGGCUGGCCUCUGAGCUGACCCGCGCGAGGCUGCGGAGGAAGAUGCCGUCCCUGGAGGCGCUGAGGGCGGACGUCAACGCGAACGCCGACCCCGAGGGGAGACACCCCCGGUGGAUCCGGGUGAACGCGCUCAAGAGCACUGUGGAGGACCAGCUCGAGACGACAUUCAAGGCGUACGAGAGGGCGCCGUCCGUCGAAGCUGUGACGCAGUCAGCGGGCAAGGCCAUCUUCAUCGACGCGCACGUCCCCAACCUGUUGGCAGCAUCGCCCGGAACGGAUGUGACCAAGACGCCGGCGUACCUCAAGGGGGAGAUUAUUCUGCAGGACAAGGCCUCCUGCUUUCCCGCGUACCUGCUCGACCCGCGGUCGGAAGACGGCGACGUCAUCGACUCGUGCGCGGCUCCCGGAAACAAGACGACGCACCUGGCCGCCAUCGUCAAGUCGCACGAGCCGGAGCAGGGUGCCCAGAAGCAGACCAUCUUCGCGUUCGAGAGGGACCCUCGGAGAGCGCAGACGCUGGAGAAGAUGGUCAAGAUCGCGGGCAGCAGGGACCUGACCAAGAUCGGACCGGGCCAGGAUUUUCUGGACGUCGACCCGAAGGCGGGCGCCUACAAGAGCGUCGGGGCCCUGCUUCUGGACCCCAGCUGCUCGGGCAGCGGUAUCGUGGGACGGGAUUCGAUGCCGGAAUUGCAUCUGCCCGAGGUUCCCGGCCCCGUCGCCGCCAAGGGCACCAAAGGGAAGCCGCAGGUCAGCCGCAAGCGGAAGCAUGCCGAGGAGAAACCGGUGACGGUCGACGACGACGGCAACGCCGUCGAGAUGCAGUCGGAGCAGGAGCUGCAGAGGCGCCUUGACGCGCUGGCUGGGUUCCAGCUGACGCUGCUGCUCCACGCGAUGAAGUUCCCCUCGGCGAAGAAGAUAUCCUACUCUACCUGCUCGAUCCACGCGGAGGAAAACGAAGGGGUCGUGAUCAAGGCCCUCGCCUCCGAGGUCGCGAGGGAGCGCGGGUGGAAGAUCCUGCCGCGGGAGAAGCAGGUCCGCGGGAUGCGCGAGUGGCCCGUCCGCGGGCUGCCCGAGGCGGCUGGAGGCGACAAGGCCGUGGCGGAGGCGUGCAUCCGGACGUACAAGGGCGAUGGCCACGGCGUCAUGGGCUUUUUCGUAGCCGCCUUCGUGCGGGACGGCAGCAAGGAUUCGGCCAACGAGGAUGGGCCGUACGCCAGGGACGAGGACGGGCGAAUCGUGAGGGACAUGGCGGGAAUGCCGGUGCUGAAGAGUACGGGGGAGCCUGUGGUCUUGGAGGAUGCCGUUGCGGCCCCGACGCAGGUACUGGCGGGGGGGGAGGCCUAUUCGAGCGGGGAGGAUGAGAGCGAGGACUCGGAGGUUGGGAGUGACGAAGACGACGGGGGUGAAGAUGAGUGGAGUGGGUUUGACUAA